AUGCGGUUGUUGCUGCUCCUCCUGUUUGGAUUUUUGCUGCCCUUGGCCCCUUGUGCUGGUGACCUGGGGGAUCAGGAUCUCUUAGAGAGUGUGACCUGUCAUACGGACAGGAUGGAGGUUGAGUUUUCCAGAGAGCUUGGCAACUCUUCCUGGCAAGUGUGUGCAGUGGAUGUGAGUGGUGAGGAAAUGGUGUCCUGUGACCACACUGUGGAUUAUGAGAAGCUGUUGCUCAGUGUCCCACUUCUGAACUGCACUAGUCUGGAGCAUGGUCAGCACCAGCUGAGACUGAGGCUGAUGGUGAAUGACACAAUGGGAGAGGAGAAGAACAUAACCUACAGCACUCACUGCAAUGUUGUCCAUGCAGAUGAAAUCAUUGCUCCUUUCUUUGCUGGUGCAACAAACUGUACAAAAGACUUCAUGGCAGUUACCUUCCCAAGACUCAUUCCAAGCUUCAAUGAUGAGCAUACAGUUCCAGCAACUCCAAUGACCUGGACUCUGUCAAUUGAUGAUGGAACCAGGGUACACCAGUUGAGCCUUGGGCAAGCCAUGCAGCAAGGCUACAACUUUCUAGCUGAUGGACACAACCUGAUUUUUCAGGUGGCUUUUACUGCUACUGGAGUUGUCUCAUACAAGCAUGAUGGCAAGGUGCUCUACACUGUGGCACUCAAGCUCACAUAUGGUCCUCCUGAACGUAGGUUAACUGUGGAGUCAAGAAUGCUUUGUGCACCAGGUCCAGCAGUCUGUAAUGGAACACACAUGACUGUUGUCAUACCAGCCUUCCCAGGCACCCUUAAGGCUGUGGGUGUAGAGGAUAAGACCAUCCCAAUGGACCAGCUCCAGGAAUAUGGGAUUGCUCUGGACACCAAUAGAGGGGUCAAGCUGCAUGUUAGCAGGGAAGUCCUGAAGUUCAGGCUACAUGGGGAGAGCUGCCCAGGAGUUCAGUCCUACAUGUCUGCCUUGAAACUGGCUUUUCAGUUCCAUGGGGAGAUAGUGGCAAUGGUGAUGCAUCCAGAGUGCCCCUGUGACCAGCAUAUACCAUUAGCUGCUGUAUGCACCCAGGAUGGGUACAUGGAUUUUGAAGUCCUUGCUGACAGUACUGUACCACCACUGGACUUGGAUAUGCUUAGGCUGAGAGACCCAGCAUGCAAGCCAGCCUUUAAGUCCUCUUUGAAUGACAGGGUUUGGUUUCAUGUCCCACUGAGUGGGUGUGGAACCAGGUAUUGGCUUGAUGGAGAGAAGAUCAUUUAUGAGAAUGAGGUGAGGGCACUAUGGGCGGACUUUCCAUUGCGCAGGAUCUCAAGGGACAGUGAAUUCAGGUUAACAGUUCUGUGCUCCUUCAGCAAUGGUGAUGCAUCCCUUUCUGUAAGGGUAGACAACUUUCCUCCCCUGUCUUCUUCAAUGAACCAAGGUCCCCUCUCCUUAGUUCUUCUAAGCUACCCAGAGGACUCCUACAGGCAGCCUUACCGUGAUGAUCAGUACCCAAUAGUAAGGUACCUACGGCAGCCCAUCUUCCUGGAAGUGCAGGUCCUGAACCGCAAUGACCCCAACCUUCAUCUUGUAUUGGAUGACUGUUGGGCAACAGCAUCACAAGAUCCAAGCUCGCUUCCCCAGUGGAAUAUUGUUGUUGAUGGAUGUGAGUAUGACUUGGACAGCUACAAGACUGUGUUUCAUCCUGUGGGGCAUGGUGUCAGCUACCCUAACUAUCGUCAAAGGCUGGAAGUGAAGACUUUUGCCUUCAUAUCUGGUGACAAAUCCCUCCCUGGCCUAGUGUACUUCCAUUGCAGUGUCCUGAUCUGUAACCGUUUCCAACCAGACUCCCCUCUGUGUGUGACAAAGUGUCCUAGACAAUCUAGAAGCAAGAGAGAGAGUGGGAUGCCAGGUGUGAACUCUGCUGUGGUGAGCUUGCGGGGUCCUGUUCUCCUUGUGCCAGAAGGAUGGUCUGCAACCCAAGGGAACACUCUCAGCAAGGAAGCAUGGGCUGGUGUUACAAUGACUGCUGUUGCUGCUCUCUGUCUGCUGGCCACAGUGCUGCUAUUUUUGGCUGUUCUUAAAUGCCUACAGAGAAGAGCAUUGAUGCUAAAUGUAACAUGUUAG